AUGAUGGGAUUGUUAUCUUUAUUAAUGGCCUUUUGUCGCUCCAGCCAGGGAAAUGAAAGUGAUUAUUUGAGAUUGAGGCUUUACCGUAAUCUAUCUAUCUAUCUAUCUAUCUAUCUAUCUAUCUAUCUAUCUAUCUAUCUAAUCUCAGCCUGUUCAUUUCUAUCUAUCUAUCUAUCUAUCUAUCUAUCUAUCUAUCUAUCUAUCUAUCCAUCCAUCUAUCUAAUCUCAGCCUGUUCAUUUCUAUCUAUCUAUCUAUCUAUCUCCAUCUAUCCAUCCAUCUAUCCAUCUAUCUAUCCAUCCAAUCUCAUCUGUUCAUUUCAUCUAUCUAUCCAUCCAUCUAUCUAUCCAUCCAUCUAUCUAUCCAUCUAUUCUCAGCCUGUUCAUUUCAUCCAUCCAUCUAUCUAUCCAUCCAUCUAUCUAUCCUCAUCUGUUCAUUCUAUCUAUCUAUCCAUCCAUCUCUGUUCAUUUCACAUCUAUCCAUCUAUCCAUCUAAUCUCAUCUGUUCAUCCAUCUAUCUAUCUAUCUAUCUAUCUAUCUCAUCUAUCUAUCUAUCUAUCUAUCUAUCUAUCUCAGUCUAUUCAUUAUCUAUCUAUCUAUCUAUCUCAUCCAUUCAUCCAUCUAUCUAUCUAUCUAUCUCUAUCUAUUCAUUAUCCAUCUAUCUAUCUAUUUUCCAUCAGUCCAUUCAUUAUCCAUCUAUCUAUCUAUCUCAUCUGUUCAUUUCUAUCUAUCUAUCUAUCUAUCUAUCUAUCUAAUCUCAGUCUGUUCAUAUCUAUCUAUCUAUCUAUCUAUCUAUCUAUCUAUCUAUCUAUCUAUCUAUCUAUCUAUCUAUCUCAGUCUAUUCAUUAUCUAUCUAUCUAUUUAUCUAUCUAUCUAUCUAUCUAUAUAUCUAUCUAUCUAUCUAAUCUCAGUCUAUUCAUUAUCUAUCUAUCUAUCUAUCUAUCUAUCUAUCUAUCUAUCUAUCUAUCUAUCUAUUAUUUACCACGAUCCUCCUCCUCCUCCUUGUUCUUCCUCUUCCUUCUUAUUAUUCCUCCUCCUCAUUCUUCUCUUUCUUCCUCCGACCCUCCGCCUUCUUCCUCCCCUUUCUCCACUUCUCCAGUUCAUAUUCCUCCCCUUCCUCUUCAUUCUUCUUUGUCUUCUUACGCCCCUCCUCUUUCUCCCCCCCUUCUUCCUCCUCCACUUCCUCCACCGCCUCCACAUUCUUCUUCUUAUUAUUAUUAUUAUUCUUCGUCUUCUUCUUCCUCCUCUACUUCCUCCACCUCCUCCCCAUUCUUCUUCUUCUUCUUCUUCUUCUUCUUCUUACAUUCAUUGUUUGUCUUGUUUAUCUACUACCGUCUUUUUUUUUAA